UGUUUUGUAUUUAUUGGGUGUUGGGGAAUUUUAAGCCGCUCUGCCGGGAAAGGGUAAUUAUAAGGACCUGAUUAAUGCCUCAAUACAUAAAUAAUACAGGGCUAGAAAAUCUGCUUAAGGAGAUUAUCUGACAAUCUGCAUUUGAAUCGAUGGAAAGGUCACCAGUUUACUCCCAGGAAAACGGCCUUCUGCCUGCUUUUUUUUGGGCUGAGAUUGGAAGCGGAAACGUUGCCGUCCUUUGUUUUAAUUCGUUGUAAGUCUCCCAGGCCGGGAGAAUUAAAUAUAUCAGCGUCUUCCAGCACUGCAUCAUCCUCACUUGUCCAGUCAGCUCUUGGCGUAUAAGCCGUUUUGCUUGGAUUUUCCUCCAAGAAAGAGCUUGUGGGUGGACUUCUUUCUUCCGUGAGGCACAGAAAUCAUUCACAAGAGAGGCUGGCUCAAGAUUAUAGAGCAUUGAUCGAGUGGCUUUCGUUUUCUGGGUCCUUUUUUUCCAUGAACUGUGGCUGGUCCCCUGGCCAGUUGGGACUUCCUUUUUGCUUGCUUAGAAGGCAUUUCCGCUGGUUGUUCUCUCCAAUAGAAAUGAGGAUUGGAGGAGACAGCCAUCUGCAGGAAAGGGCCAACACUGCAUCAACACUUAGAGCAAAGGAGGAAAAGUUAAUUAAACGGGUGACCUGAAGAAGUGGUUGAAGCUUUGGGGCCAAGCCCAACAGAAUUCCUCUCCCUUUUAAUGCCAUCCUAUGUAUGGGGUCCUUUAGUUUUCCAUACCAUGACUAUGCCAGAGGUGUGGGGAUUUGCUUCUUCAUGGCGUCUCUCUGUUGGGCCCUCCCCUCCGGCCAAAGGCUGGCAAGUAAGGUUCCUGCACAGAGCCAGGCAGGGGCCACGGUGCUCUUCCCUCACUGCAGACACACACAAAGCACUGGGUUUGACAUGCUUUUGAGGGCUUGGGAUCUUACACACUUUAUAAUUAUAUGCAUAAAAUACAGUCAAAGUGAUGGAUGCUGGGUCACUGACCCACAUUUGUCAUCCAAUGUCCUUUCUGUUGUGGUUGAGUUGAUUUCCUAAACCUCUGUUGCCUGCGGACUCUUCAUGUCAGUCUGUCUUGAGCCUAAUAUUUUACUUUAUGUUGUGUUUUUGAUGGGUUGACGGUUUCUGCUCUGUGGUUACUGUGUACUGGUUUGCCAAUCCUAUCUGCCCUUCCUAAUGCUUCAAGUGCAUCUAGUCCCCUUUGCAACAAGCUUCAUUCGUUUUGGUCUGGGAGUUGCCUCCAAGGGCAGGGGAACUUGGUCCAGGUGUUGGGUCUUUGUCCUUCUUGUCAAGGCUUUUCCCUUGACAACAGUGCCCUCUCGGCUCAAAAGGGACUGGCAGCUCCCUGCCCAGGCCUAUUUAUCACUCACUGCCUUUUGAUCCAGGAAGCGCUGAGCCGUGCCUGGGCCCUCCUCCUCCUCUGCCUCUCCUCCUCCUCUUUCCUCCUCCUCCUCCUCCUCCUCCUCCUCCUCUUUGUAUGUGAUUCAGCAUUUCCAGCCCUCCAGUCUCAGUCCUGUUUGUGAAAGUUGGAGCUGCGGAGGCUUUGGAGAGGGAGCCAGAUGGGAAAGAGGAGCGCCCAGCCCAGCGAGGAGAUCUGCUCUGCUGCUGCUGCUGCUACAAGGGCUUUCCUUUAAUUAAGACAAAAGGAUUAACAAGCGACAACCAGGGAUUGACCACUGGGUCCUUCACAGGUUUUUGAGUUUGAAAAUACACAGACGAACGGCACUCUUCUUGGCCUCCAAAGGAGUCUUGUUUGCAUUCCAAAGAAAGCAGGAGAGGAGAUUUCACAGCCGCUGCCAACUGCACGAGAUGCUUCGGUCGGGCUUUGCAUGAAUUUGCUCAGAGCGCAGCUUCGCGAGACACGGCUUUCUUUUGGGGAGACCGUGGAUGCCUUGGAGAAGAGAAGUGUGGCCGUGUCUCUUGCUCCUGCUCCUCCGCAUCGGGCCAGCAUGUAUUGUGCGUACCCGGUGCCCGGCCUGGGCGGCCCCUCAUUGAUGUACUACUACAACGGGAAGACGGUCUACGCGCCAUCCCCAAAUUCAGAUGACUUUAAUCGAGAAUCUCCAAGUUACCCAUCUCCAAAGCCACCAAGCAGUAUGUUUGCCAGCACUUUCCUUUUACAAGAUGGGACCCACGCAGCCUCUGACCCUUGGAGCCCUUCCAACGGGGUGAGCCAGGCGGGAUACGGGGCCAUGCUGGAAGGGGCCGCCGCCUCCCACGUCACACACGCCGGCAGCUUUGGCGGCCGACACGCUCACGAGCGCCUGAGCUACCCCCCACACUCGGUCUCGCCCACUGAUCUCAACACCAGCCUUCCUCCGAUGUCCAGCUUCCACCGAGGCAGCGGCAGUGGUUCGUCCUACGCAGCAGCCUCCCACACCCCACCGGUCAAUGGGUCAGACAACAGCAGCAUUCUGGUCAACAGAGGCAAUGCGACCGGAAGCUCUCAGACGGGGGACGCCCUCGGGAAAGCCCUGGCCUCUAUUUAUUCUCCUGACCACACCAGCAGCAGCUUUCCUUCCAAUCCCUCCACACCGGUUGGAUCCCCUUCGCCACUCACAGGUGCCAGCCAGUGGUCCCGGGCCGGAGGACAGGCCCCUUCCUCGCCCAACUAUGAGAACUCCCUGCACUCCUUGCAGUCGCGGAUGGAGGACCGCUUGGACCGGCUGGACGAUGCCAUCAACGUGCUGCGGAACCACGCAGUGGGACCUUCCACCAGCCUGGCCGGGGCCCAUGCCGCCGACAUCCAGAGCCUGCUGGGAGCCGUCCACAACGGGCCUAUUGGCAGCUUGAGCGCUAGCUAUGGAGCCGCCAGCCUCGCAACAGCAGCUGCUCGACCGGUCUCCUCGCUGGUCAACGCACACCGAGAAGAUGGUGCCGGCCUUGCCAGCAACCAUUCGGGACUGCCCUCCAUGCUCCCUGCUCAGAAUGCAGACCUGAACCACAAGGCGCAAGAGAGCUACAGAGUGCUGUCGGCCACCUUGGGCCCUGCGGAGAUCAAGUCGGAGCACAAGGAGAAAGACGAGAGCGUGCACGAUGCAGCCUCUUCGGACGACAUGAAAUCUGACGACGAGUCCUCCCAAAAGGAUAUCAAGAUUUCAUCCAGAGGAAGAACGAGCACCAACGAAGAUGAGGACCUGAACCCAGAGCAGAAGCUGGAGCGGGAGCGGGAGCGGCGGAUGGCCAACAACGCCCGGGAGCGCCUGCGGGUGCGAGACAUCAAUGAGGCCUUCAAGGAGCUGGGCCGGAUGUGCCAGCUGCACCUGAAGAGCGAGAAGCCCCAGACCAAGCUGCUCAUCCUGCACCAGGCCGUGGCCGUCAUCCUCAGCCUCGAGCAGCAAGUGCGGGAGAGGAACCUCAACCCCAAAGCAGCCUGCCUUAAGAGAAGGGAAGAAGAGAAGGUGUCUGCCGUAUCGGCAGAGCCCCCACCUCCGCACCCGGGAAGCCACCCUGGCCUUAGUGAAACUACAAACCCUAUGGGUCACAUGUGAGCACCAGCCAGAAUUCCAGACUGAUGGGAGGAAGCCCAGGCGAAGGACCCUUUCUGCACAGGACACAGACUGGAAACCGCCCUCGACGAAGACAACGCUCUGGCCGGCAGGAGGAGAAGCACGAGGCCCCGAUGCCAUCUUGCGCCAUGGGGAAAGCAGCUGCCCAAAGGGCAACUAGCCUGGUUGCCGGCGCCACUUUCCAAGAGAGAGCCUUUCUGCCCUGAUGGCGCUCCUUGUCCUCCUCCUCCUCCUCUUCCUCCCACAAGCAGCAGCCAGCCGCUCCCGCACAAUCAAUCCGAGACUCGUUGCUCUCCUCUCCACUCGCCGUGGAAGUCGCCUUGUGCCUAAACUGAAUUGACAAACGCAUUGUAACUGCAAAUUGUUAUUUAUUUGUAGAGGUCUGCCUAUGAAGAGAAACAGUAAGCCUGUUGAGAGCCAUUGGGGGGGGGGGGGGGGUCAGCAGCCAUGCCGGCCGGCCUGCCUCCAGGAGGGCAUCUGAGUGGGAAGCCAGGGCCGCCGGUGCCCCUUCUUCUCUUUCCCAAUGUUAUCUCUAGAGUGUGUUAAAGGAAACAACGGGGUCCAGGCCAGGGGGGCUUCCCUCUGCCUCCCAUUCCUCGAUGUGAGCAGACCCCACGGUGCCCAGAUGCCUCGGGCUACAGCCAGGUCUCUUUCAGACAAGCCGUGGAUAAAGAACCUGAGCAUUGGGAGGGAGGGCAGUGAGGGGUGGCCUCUAAAUGUCUCCUCAGCCCCCUCCUCCAGGCUGCUGGGGGUGUCCUGCUUCAGCGAAUGGGGUAAGGAAAAGCCACAUCAGUUUUGCUUUAUUUUCUAAGCAGAAAGCCCACAUAAAGCACAAAAUGUGUUGAGAUGCAAGCCAGGCGCUUCAUAUUUAUGUGCCGCCAGCCUCUGAUUGGCAGUCUGGUCCAAACGUCCUUUGGGAUGAGGACCCCUGCCCCCUCCCUAUGUGAAAGCAGUUCUGUGGAGUGGUCUGUCACCUGCAUGCUAGCGCCCCCCCCCCCCCUUUUGAUUGAGAAGAGCAGGUUCUUCAGAGAGAGGAGAGAGAAGGGGACUUUGCUCCUGAAGGCCCCCCCCCCAAUUGUGCCCUUCCAUCCACGGUCUUCCAUUGGAGAAGAGGAGUGGGAAGGGGCAGCCCCUGCCUUUCCUCUCUCCUCUGCUUGUCUCUCUUCUCUCCCCAGGAGCAAUCCUGCCGCCUUCUGAAAGAACAAAUGCGGGGAGCAUCUCAGGUGGGGGCUCACCUGCAGCCGCUCUGUUGACUCUGUCAUUGUUCUCCUCCUCCUCCUCCUCCCUUUCGGUGCUUCCCGGGGAGCCUUGCAGGGCCUUCCCUCCGCCAGGCCUUUUCCUUGCUCCUUCGCUGUCCUGACUCUCUUAGGUUUUGCCAUUAACCCAGAAGCUUCCCUUCACGAAAUGGAAAGAGUGAGUGAGAGGAAGAGAACGACUCAGAGAGAGAGAGA